AUGAAGUUUGGCGAACAAAUUUUAGACAAAUCCGUACCAGAAUGGAAAUACAACAACAUCAACUAUGGAAAGCUAAAAAUUGCAAUAAAAGAGGCCACCUCUAUUUACACAAACGAAGAUGAAAACCAACGAUAUCUUUCACGAUGUACUGCCCUAUUUAUUGAGGAAUUCAAUACCGUAAACACGUUCACAUGUUUCAAAAUAAAAGAAAUAUCCUCCAGAAUUCUUUCUAUAGAAUCCUCGAUCAUCAGGUACUCAGAACAGAGCGCCAUUGACCAGCGUAACGAUGAGAAAACAGCAAACAACUACAAUAAAAGGCUGUUGCUGAUCAGAAGAAGAGUUAAAAAAUGUAGUAUAGAACUAAAAAUGUUAUCAAGAUACUUAAUUCUUCAACGAGUGGCUACUCGCAGAUUAUUUGAGAAAUUCACUGGACUACAUCCAAAGGGCAAAGAGACCGCUAAAGAAUACAUCGCAAACACUCUGGAAAAUUCAGAGACUCUAAAAGUUGGCUAUGAAGGAAUUUCUUUCAUGUCCCUAGACCUUGAACCCUAUUUGCUCGAAAUCUCGCUAAUUCUUGACGUUCUCGACAAUUUAAAGGCAGAAUCAUCUGAUCCUUCCCUAAUGAAACAAGAAAUGGCUGCUAGUUAUAAAGGAGGAACUUACGGUAAUUUGGCUCCCACUGAAAAUAUUAGCGAAAAAGUUUUGCAUUCAACACUAGAAUUUGACACUGCCUUUCUAAACGAAUGUGUGGACCUUGGUAGAUUUAUUUUAUCUUCUGAAAGUACUUCAGAGUUUAAAUUCAUUUUGCUCUCAAAUAAAUUUCAAUUACUAAAUGAUGACCUCAUGAUAACAUCGAAAGAUAUUGUCCGAAGUUCUGAGAUCAGAAAUACCUUGUCCCAUCAAAAAUCUUCUAAAUCAUUGAAAUCUGUUCAUGAUCUUUUGAAUAUACCGUCCUUUUCCUCCUUUUCAUCAUUCAUUGAACCCCAAAACGAAAUUGUGGGGACAAGCUGCCCAAAAAAUUCCUUUACUCGUUCAACUAUCAGUCUAACACUAUUAAGGACAAAAAAUCUUGACGAGGAUCUAACAACCGUUUUUGAAUCUGAUGAUAAUGUAAAUCAACAUCCGGACAUUCUUCUCACAAAUCUAGACUCAUCUCAGACAGUUUUAAUGUGUCAUGUUGGGGGUAUUAGAGAUCACGUAGUUUCAAAUACAUUAUCAGAGAAUCAGAUACUAAAUUCAAUCAAUAAAAAGGAAGCCGAUAACAUUUUAAAGGACAAUAAGUCGGCUUUAGACAAGUUGGUAGUAGAUUGGCUUCAAUCUCACGACGCUAGAUUGGCUUCUCCAACUAUUACGUUUAAGCGCACAAGGUUCUUCCAACAAAGCCAAAAUUUUACUUAUUUACUUACUUUAGAUGAAGAUAUAUCAAUUGAAAAUGAAUGCCAUCUGCCUCAUUCGAUAUUCGAUAUCAAAAGAAUCAAAACAAAUAGUGAUAAUAACUCAAAAAGUGAUCUCACAUUCAUGUCAUUUUGUGAAUUACUAGUGGAAAAUAAGGUUCAAUGUUAUCCAUUAGACCAUACUCUUACAAUGUGGAAUUUCUGUCUUGCUCUCAAAAAUAGUGCCAAUAUUGAUGACGAUUUCAAACGGUCUGCGUUGAAGCAUGAUACCACGAUGAGUCCACAGGAUACGCCGUCAUAUGACGAGUUCUUUGACCUCGGCAGGAGUAAGUUGACGGAGCUCUGCUCUUCCUCCUUCAGAUUAGCACUUCAUAGUAGAGAUAGAUAUGGGUCUAGCAACAAUCUCACUCCUCAUAGGCAAAACGUUCCCGCAGAAAACAAGAAUAUUAACAAAAAUUCUGAUCAAAACCGAAUAAGAUAUUGGAAUGAGUUUGAUGCGUACGAUGCCAAUACCAAUGAGAACUCAUUUUAUACAAACGACGAAGAAGAAAAUCUAACUUUAACAAAUCGAAAUGAUAGUGCAUUUGUUAACUUCAAUAAAGAUACAAUUAACUAUAUUUUCCAUAUUUCUGAAAGAUUACGCGAGCUCUUACAUCUUCCAACACAGAAAACGACGGCUACAUUAUAUGGAUCAAUGGGUAUGACAGCGGCCAGUGAUGAGGAACUUCAACAACUGAGAAGAUACGAGACAGAAGACAUUAGCGAUACAGAAUCAGUUUACGAAUAUAAACACGACGAAAUUAUCUCGCUUUUGUACCUAUCAGCACUAGUAAUUUCAUGCAUUACCUCAGGCCUCUGUUUAGGCAUUAUAUUGGCGUUAUUUAAAGAAGAAUUGAAUAAUAUUCACAUUGAAAAUAUCAAUUUUUUAAUCUUUGUCCUGAUUGCAUCCCUAAUCGUGUCAUUAUCUUUGAUCACCUUCAGUAUCCUAUUGCUCUUUAGCAGGCUUAGUCUUGCGCCGAUUUGGCAUUAUAUUGUUGGCUUCUUCAUGUUUUUUGUAGUAACGUGUACUGUCUGCUACGGCAUCGUAGAAAUUUUUUAUUAA